AUUAUUCACAGAAAGAAGGUGGUGGUGGCGUGUUUUGUUCAUCCUGUUCAUUUCCUCGCUCACACUUGCAUGGAGAUUCGCGUCCAAUUCAAUUUCACAGCCGUUUCCCUCUUCCUCCCAUAAAUCCCCCCCCAGGCCCCCACCCCCUCUUUUUUUUUCUCUCUCUCUCUCUCUCUCUCUUCGCAUCUGAUCUACUAUAUCGACACAGUACUACUUCGAACUUCAUACUGUAGUCGAUCGAUCUGAUUUUAAUCCCAGAUCCGUCGGAGGUCAACGCUUUGUCUCCGAUAUCUCUUCAGGCCAACGACGACAUGCUUAUCAAGUUAUUAAGCAGAGACCUGAAGUUGAUCUCCAAUGGCGUUUUCCAAAAAGGCCUCCGGUGUUUUUCUUCCACCACUAGUAGAAGGCUAGAAGGAAAGGUGGCCCUAAUAACGGGUGGCGCAAGUGGUCUCGGUAAAGCCACGGCCAGCGAGUUCAUCCAGCACGGAGCUCGAGUCAUUAUUGCCGAUAUCGACACUCAACUAGGCCCAAAAGCCGCGAAAGAUCUUGGCCCAGAAGCCCACUUUGUACCAUGUGAUGUGGCAAGUGAGUCUCAACUGGCAGAAGUCGUAGACAACACAAUAGCUCGUCACAGAAGGCUUGACAUAAUGUACAACAAUGCCGGAAUAGUCGGUCCUGUGCUCCCGCCAAGCAUCGCCGACCUGGAUCUCGACGACUUCGACCGUGUCAUGCGGGUCAACAUCCGGGGCACGAUCGCGGGUAUAAAGCAUGCGGCCCGGGUCAUGAUCCCCGCGGGCUCGGGCUCGAUUUUGUGCACUGCAAGCAUUAGUGGGCUGAUGGGUGGGCUUGGCCCACACCCUUAUACCAUAUCGAAGUUCACCAUACCAGGGAUUGUCAAGUCAGUGGCAAGCGAGCUGUGCAGACACGGUGUCCGGAUCAACUGCAUAUCUCCGAGCCCAAUUCCGACCCCGAUGGUAGUGGGCCAGUUUAUGGGCUUGAUUCCGGGCCUUACGGAGGAUCAGGCUGCUGAUCUUAUACGCGGGCUGGGAGCCCUGAAAGGGGCCCAGUGUGAGGAGGUUGAUGUGGCCCGGGCAGCCUUGUAUUUGGCAUCUGAUGAGGCAAAAUACGUGACGGGUCAUAACCUUCUUGUGGAUGGAGGAUUCACUUGCUUUAAAAACCUUGAAUUUCCCACGGUUAAUCAAAGCGUGUAAAAUAUUUGUCGUUUCGCUAUUGGUUUUUAAAAUUCGAUCUCGCCGUUAUCUUGUUGUCUUUUGUAAUGAUUUUCACAAUCCCCUUUUUUAUCGAUUUGCACUCUUCUUUUUUUUCCUUUAUUCAACUGAAGUUAUCAGAUUGCCCCUCAUAUGUAAAAAGUUAAUAUUGUAGAAGGAAGGACAGGUUUGUAAUUUCAUGGAUAAAGGAAAAAAGAAA